CGGGGGUCGGAGGUCGGAGGUCAGGGGUCAGGGCCAGGGGCACCUGCCGCCCGGAUCGCGCCCUCGGGAGAGGGGCUGGCCAGCGUCCGCCCGAGACCCCGGGGCGAUGGAGGCUUGAGCCCCGGCCGGAGGGAGGCCGCUCCCCCAGCCCCGCGAUGGCCACCGCCGCCCUGGGACCGCCGCCGGCCCCGCCUCCGUGGGAGCCGGAGGGGAUCCUGACAGUGAAGCCGGAGGAGACCCCGGGCUGGGAGCGCGACGGGCCCGACUCCGACCCGGGGGCCGAACCCGACUCCGACCCGGGGCCGGAGGCCGAGCCGGGGCCGGGGGCCUCUUACCGGCACUUCCGGCGUUUCCGCUACCAGGAGGCGGCGGGGCCCCGCGAGGCUCUGAGCCGCCUGCGGGAGCUGUGCCGUCGGUGGCUGCGGCCCGAGCGGAGGACCAAGGAGCAGAUCCUGGAGCUGCUGGUGCUGGAGCAGUUCCUCAGCGUCCUGCCCGGGGACACCCAGCGCUGGGUGCGGGGGCGGCGGCCGCGCAGCGGCGAGGAGGCCGUCACGCUGGUCGAGGCUUUGCAGAAAGAGCCCAGGAGACCAAGGCGGUGGGUGACGGUCCACGUGCAAGACCAGGAGGUGCUGUCCGAGGAGACGGGGAUGACGGGGGCCGGGCCGGAGUCCUCAAGUCACCGGCCGGAGCCCGCCCUGCCCCAGUCGGUGGAGGAAGAGGAGGGCGGGGGUGAGGAGGAAGAGGAGGAGCCCCCAGUGGAGGAAGAAGAGGAGGAAGGGUCUCUGGUGGAAGAGGAGGGGCCACAGAGCCUGGAUCUGGGCAUCCUGGGUUCAGCGAGUCCCCACUGCGCUAAGGAGCUCGAGCGGCUGGCCGCCCCAGAAGAGAGAGAGCUUCCCGCCCCCCAGGACUCAGCUCUUCCCGAGGAGGGCGGCAGCAGCGGAGACCAGGAGAUGGUGGCCCUCCUGACCGCCAUCACCCAGGGGCUGGCGACGUUCAAGGAUGUGGCCCUGUGCUUCUCCCAGGAGCAGUGGGGCCACCUGGACCCCUCGCAGAAGGAUUUCUACGGCGAAUACGUCCUGCAGGAAGACUGCGGGAUCGUGGUGUCGCUGUCGUUUCCGAUCCCCAGGCUGGAGGAGAUCCCCCCGAUGGGAGGAGAGGAGGAGGGGCUCCAGGCCCCGGGUCCCCAUGACUCGGAGGAGUCGGAGAUCCUGACUUUCGCCUACCCAGGCGACGGAAGCGAGGACGAGGAGCCGGCCGGCCCGGCGGCGCUGCCCGGGACGGCGUGGGGAGGUCGGGGCCGGACCCGGCGGGACCCCGACCUGGAGGUCUUCUCCGAGGAGGCGGAGGAGGCCGGCAGCCCCCCGGGCCGGGCCCGACCCCCGUCGCUGCCCGAGAGCCCGGGACUGCCGACGCUGCCGCCGGGGCGGCCUCACGACUGCCCGCACUGCGGGAAGGGCUUCGGCUGCCACUCGCACCUGGAACGCCAUCUGCGGACCCACACCGGCGAGAAGCCCUACCGCUGCCGGGACUGCGGCAAGAGCUACACCCGCGGCCGCCCACCUGGCCCGCACCGCAAGACUCACGCGGCCGGGCCCCCGGCCGCCGCGGCCGCCAGGCCGUACUCCUGCGGGCAGUGCGGCAAGAGCUUCCGCUGGACCUCGGACCUGGUGCGGCACCGGCGGACCCACACGGGAGAGAAGCCGUUCCGCUGCGAGGUCUGCGGGAAGCACUUCGGCCAGAAGUCCGUGCUGACCACCCACCGGCGCGUCCACCUGGACGGGGGCCGGGCCGCCCCGACCCCCGGCGCCGGCCCCCCCGGCCCGCCCCCGCCGCCGCCGGCCGGGGAGGGCCACUUCCUCUGCGGCGAGUGCGGGGAGGGCUUCGACCACAGCCAGGCUUUCGCCGCCCACCUGCGCGCCCACGCCGGGGGCGGCCGGACCUGCCGCUGCGCCCAGUGCGGGAGGAGCUUCGGCCGCCGGGACCACCUGGUGCGGCACCAGCGGACCCACACCGGGGAGAAGCCCUACAGGUGCCCCACGUGCGGCAAGGGCUUCGGCCGCGGCUACCACCUCCUCCGGCACCAGAGGACCCACUCGGAGAAGCGGCUCUAGCGAGCCGGGUCAAGGAGGAGACCCGAGGCCGGGCGGUCGUCAAGCCACCGCCCCACCCCUUGGGCCUCCUGCGCCCCCGGCGUUAGGCGUGUUCUGCCCCUGGGGCUGCCCCAGCCCCCGUGGGUGGGAGGGGCGGGAGGCGGAGGGAGCCCCGCCACCCGGGGGGCAGCAGGCUUGUGGCUCCGCUUCGGUGACUUGGCUGCUGACCCGCCAGGGGACCGCGGAUGAGCCCUGCGGCCCGUGGCCCUCCCCCGGGAAAGCAGGAGGUCACGAGGUUGGGGAGGGGAACGAUCAAGCGGGAGGCGGAGGGCUGGGCUCCAGGGGAAGGCCAGAGCCUCCGGAUUCUCAAUCCAGUCCCUCAGGCGCCGUGACGUCGGUGCACUGGGGGCUGCGGCCACUCGGGCAGGAUCCCGGACCCCCCCGUGCCGCCCAACGCCUCCAUCGGGCAUCUGGGGGGCGUGGGAGGGCAGUCGCCUCUGGCUGUGGCCGGCCGGGACGUCCGAAAUAGAAAUCCUCCGGCGGGAACCGGGGCCGAGCCUCUUGGGACCGCGAUGCCCCGCGGCGGCCUCCCGUGCCGGCCCCACCGCACCGGGGCGGGGAAGGGGGCCGUUUUCCAGAGUCCCAUCUCUGGCCGGACUCUGAGGGGGGGAAGGGACAGGCGGGGCGGGGCGGGGUUGGCAUGAUAUGGGGGAUUGAUGCAUUUUCUUGUCUUCUCUUUGGUCCCUUCGUCCCAGCGUGUGGAAGACCGGGCUGGGUUGCCGUAGAGACAAGGCCGACGGUUGCCAGGGCAACCAUAUCGCCUCCCCCGUCGGACAGGCGAAUGUCUAGGAGACGGUCUCUCUCCCUCACCCCCCGACCCCAUGACAGGUUAUGGGAUUUGGGGACAGGGCAGUCAUGGCUACUUGGUUCCACCUACAAAGCGGUCUCCCCCCCCCCCGCCGGCCGUGGCACCCCCGCCUCCCCUCCCAGCCCCUCCACCAAGGAUAACUCUUUGGGGACCCCAGGGGUCAGUCUCGUUUCCGGGUUUGCCCCCAACCGAUCUCUCCCACCGCCUUCUGCCCCAGAAACCAGACGCGUUUGUAAUAAAGCGGGAUAGCGGCAGCUGCCGUCACCACCAACUCAUCA